GACAUUCACCAUGAAACACUUUGCAGUCUGCGCACUCCUCAUCUUGCCGCUGGUCAGCGGUGGAUUCGCGCCAGCACCACCCACCAGGCACUUUGUGGCCUACGAGAUCCAGUCCACCAACAACAACUUGCCCGAGAUGGAAGUUAUUGUCCAGAAGAUGCAGGCCAUGCUCCAGAAAAUGAUGCCGGAUAUCUCUGUCCUGGCCGACGCAGUUAUCGUGCCCGACAUGUCUGUCCAGUCAGACGCUGGAGUGCUGCCCGGUAUGUCGGUGGCCACCGAUGCUGAUGAGACCCCCAGGAGGCUUUCCGCCCCGAUUGCCAAGGUUGCCGCCCCUAUGUUCUCCCAGAUCCCCGAUAUGUCCGUCCAGGCUGACGCCGGCGUGAUCCCCGACAUGUCUGUGGCCACUGAUGCUGAUGAGAACCCCAAGCGUGCCUCUUUUGACCUGAAGAAGCCUCUUCUGGACAGGAUCGCCGGUGCCAUUGCCAGUGUCGAUGCCGAUCUGAUUCCGGAUAUGUCUGUAGCUUCUGAUGCUGAUGUGACCUCCAGGAGGACUGUUCCCGGUCUGAAGACCCUGCCUCAGUUCACCAAGGUCUCCGGAGGCGAGCCAGUGGAGAUUAUGACCCCCAGGAAUGCUUUUUCCGGUCCCAAAACCCUGCCCCAGUUGACCAAGGUCUCUGGAGGCGAGCCAGUGGAGAUUAUGAUCCCUAGGAAUGUAGCCGGUAUUAGGGCCAUGCCCCAGUUUAGAAAGGUCUCCGGAGGAAAGCCAGUGGAGAUCAUGACCCAUGCCGAUGCCGAUCUGAUUCCGGAUAUCUCCGUUGCCUCUGAUGCCGAUGUGACCCCCAGGAAGGCUAUUGCCGGUCUCAAGACCCUGCCGCAAUUGACCAAGGUCUCCGGAGCCGAGCCCGUGGAGCCUAAAGCCCAAGAAGUUGUUGAGGAUAAGGCUGGUAUCCAGGUGCACGAUAUAUCCAUCGCUAGAGACGCCAAAUUCGAUCCCAAGAUGACUCUGGCUGCUCUUUUGGCCAGGCGCCACUAAGUCAUUGAGGAAUUCUUCAACUGACCAUGUUUAAAUCUGAAAUAAUCCAUAUCUGACUGGUUGUGCGUUUUUGUAUUUUUAAGUUUUUAUUUGAUUGCCAAUAAUCAGUUUGAGAAGAGUGAUUAACA